GCUACCCGCCCUUCCCGCCGCGCACGCGCUCCCGUGUAGAGCCGUCCGGGCGCUCAGGAGCGCGCGGGGCGGCGGCGGCGCGGAGGAGCCAUCCGCGCUCGUGCCUGCGCGGGUGCGUUGCAGCCCUGGCCGCGCCCCUGCCCCGCCGCCUCCCGCUCCUCGCCUGGCGGAUGUAGGUUGUUGGCCUGAGGGGACCUACGUAGCCGAGGUUUGCGCUGCCGCCGCCAGGCCCGGUCCGGUUCCAGCCUCUGCCCGGACGCUAGCCGGCCUGGCCAUGGCUGACCGCGGGUGCCCGCUGGAGGCGGCUCCGCUGCCUGCCGAGGUACGGGAGAGCCUGGCUGAGCUGGAGCUGGAGCUGUCGGAAGGCGACAUCACUCAAAAAGGAUAUGAAAAGAAAAGGGCAAAGCUGCUUGCACGUUAUAUACCGCUUAUUCAAGGAAUAGACCCAUCUCUGCAAGCAGAGAAUAGAAUUCCUGGGCCCUCACAAACCACGGCCGCUGCACCCAAGCAGCAGAAGUCUCGGCCCACCACCUCGAGGGAUGAGCGCUUCCGGUCAGAUGUCCACACUGAAGCCGUGCAAGCAGCUUUGGCCAAAUACAAAGAGAGGAAGAUGCCUAUGCCUUCGAAAAGACGUUCUGUCCUCGUGCAUUCAUCUGUGGAAACCUACACCCCUCCAGACACGUCGUCUGCCUCAGAAGAUGAGGGCUCUUUACGGCGACCCGGGCGACUCACCUCCACUCCGCUCCAGAGCCAUUCCAGCGUCGAGCCCUGGCUCGACCGGGUCAUUCAGGGCUCGUCCACCUCAUCCUCUGCAUCCUCCACCUCAUCUCACCCGGGAGGGAGACCCACCACCGCUCCCAGUGCUGCAGCCACGCCAGGGGCCGCCGCUACCACUGCACUCGCAGGCCUCGAGGCCCACACCCACAUAGAUCUGCAUUCUGCCCCUCCUGAUGUCACCACGGGCCUCGUGGAGCAUUCGUACUUUGAGCGUCCACAGGUGGCUUCUGUGAGAAGUGUUCCUCGGGGGUGCAGCGGGAGCAUGCUGGAAACAGCAGAUGGUGUCCCUGUGAACAGCAGAGUGUCCUCCAAAAUCCAGCAGCUUCUGAACACCCUGAAGAGGCCAAAGCGCCCUCCACUGAAGGAGUUCUUUGUGGAUGAUUUUGAGGAAUUGUUGGAAGUUCAGCAACCAGAUCCAAAUCAGCCGAAGCCUGAGGGAAGCGAGACAAGUGUGCUGAGAGGGGAGCCUCUCACUGCAGGUGUCCUCCGACCGCCGUCACUGUUGGCCACCUUGCAGCGCUGGGGCACAACACAGCCCAAAUCCCCCUGUCUGACUGCCUUGGAUACAACUGGGAAAGCCACCUACACUCUCACCUAUGGUAAACUUUGGAGUCGGAGUUUAAAACUAGCUUAUACUCUACUUAAUAAACUGACAAGUAAGAAUGAACCUCUACUUAAACCUGGAGACAGAGUGGCGCUCGUGUUUCCGAAUAGUGACCCUGUGAUGUUCAUGGUUGCAUUUUAUGGGUGUCUCCUGGCAGAGCUGGUUCCUGUCCCCAUAGAAGUGCCAUUAACAAGAAAGGACGCAGGCAGCCAGCAGGUUGGGUUUCUGCUGGGCAGCUGUGGAGUCUCCUUGGCCCUGACCACAGAUGCUUGUCAGAAAGGCCUCCCCAAGGCACAGACGGGAGAGGUGGCAGCUUUCAAAGGUUGGCCCCCCCUCUCCUGGUUAGUGAUUGAUGGGAAGCAUCUAGCCAAGCCCCCCAAGGACUGGCACCCUCUGGCCCAGGACACAGGGACUGGGACUGCCUACAUUGAGUAUAAAACCAGCAAAGAAGGCAGUACGGUGGGGGUCACAGUGUCCCACGCAUCCCUGCUGGCACAGUGCCGAGCUCUGACCCAGGCGUGCGGGUACUCAGAAGCUGAAACAUUAACAAAUGUGCUGGAUUUCAAAAGGGAUGCUGGUCUGUGGCAUGGAGUGUUAACAAGCGUCAUGAACAGGAUGCAUGUGGUCAGCGUCCCCUACGCGCUGAUGAAGGCGAACCCACUCUCCUGGAUCCAGAAAGUGUGCUUCUAUAAAGCUCGGGCCGCACUGGUGAAGUCGCGAGACAUGCACUGGUCUCUCCUAGCUCAGCGGGGCCAGAGGGACGUCAGCCUCAGCUCACUGCGCAUGCUGAUUGUGGCCGAUGGCGCCAACCCGUGGUCGAUCUCCUCCUGUGAUGCCUUCCUCAACGUCUUCCAGUCCAGAGGUCUGAGGCCGGAGGUCAUCUGUCCUUGUGCAAGUUCUCCUGAGGCGCUGACUGUCGCCAUCCGCAGGCCACCUGAUCUGGGAGGACCACCUCCAAGAAAAGCAGUCCUAUCGAUGAACGGUCUAAGUUAUGGUGUUAUCAGAGUGGAUACUGAAGAAAAGUUGUCAGUCCUUACUGUUCAGGACGUUGGUCAGGUGAUGCCUGGAGCUAAUGUAUGUGUUGUGAAGUUAGAAGGUACCCCUUAUCUUUGUAAAACUGAUGAAGUGGGAGAAAUAUGCGUCAGUUCCAGUGCAACUGGCACAGCGUACUAUGGAUUGCUUGGAAUCACGAAGAAUGUGUUUGAGGCAGUUCCGGUCACCACAGGAGGAGCACCCAUCUUUGACAGGCCAUUCACCAGGACGGGCUUGCUGGGCUUCAUCGGGCCUGACAACCUGGUCUUCAUCGUGGGCAAACUGGACGGGCUGAUGGUCACUGGAGUCCGCAGACACAAUGCAGAUGACGUUGUGGCCACCGCACUGGCCGUGGAGCCCAUGAAGUUUGUCUACAGAGGCAGGAUCGCUGUGUUCUCUGUGGCCGUGCUGCACGAUGACCGGAUUGUCCUGGUGGCUGAGCAGCGGCCGGAUGCCUCGGAGGAGGACAGCUUCCAGUGGAUGAGCCGGGUGCUGCAGGCCAUCGACAGCAUCCACCAGGUGGGCGUGUACUGUCUGGCCCUGGUUCCCGCCAACACCUUGCCCAAGGCUCCUCUUGGAGGGAUUCACAUUUCUGAAACCAAACAGCGCUUUCUGGAAGGGACACUGCACCCGUGUAAUGUGCUGAUGUGCCCUCAUACCUGUGUUACCAACCUCCCCAAACCUCGUCAGAAACAACCAGAGGUUGGACCAGCCUCAAUGAUCGUGGGGAACCUGGUUGCUGGGAAGAGAAUCGCUCAGGCUUCCGGGAGAGAGCUCGCCCACCUGGAGGACAGCGACCAGGCACGGAAGUUCCUGUUCCUGGCUGAUGUGCUGCAGUGGCGUGCCCACACCACUCCUGACCACCCGCUGUUCUUGCUGCUGAACGCCAAGGGCACCGUCACAAGCACUGCAACCUGUGUCCAGCUGCACAAAAGGGCUGAGAGAGUGGCCGCAGCUCUGAUGGAGAAGGGAAGACUGAGUGUUGGGGACCAUGUGGCUCUGGUCUACCCACCAGGGGUGGACCUCAUCGCCGCGUUCUAUGGCUGCUUGUACUGUGGCUGCGUGCCUGUCACCGUGCGGCCCCCGCACCCUCAGAACCUCGGCACCACACUGCCCACCGUCAAGAUGAUCGUGGAGGUCAGCAAGUCUGCAUGCGUCCUCACCACGCAGGCUGUCACACGGCUGCUCAGGUCCAAGGAGGCUGCUGCUGCCGUGGACAUCAGGACCUGGCCCACCAUCCUAGACACAGAUGACAUCCCGAAAAAGAAGGUAGCGAGCAUUUUCAGGCCCCCCUCCCCCGAUGUCCUCGCAUACUUGGACUUCAGCGUGUCAACCACUGGGAUAUUAGCGGGAGUGAAGAUGUCGCACGCGGCCACAAGCGCCUUAUGCCGCUCCAUAAAGCUGCAGUGUGAGCUGUACCCCUCGCGGCAGAUUGCCGUCUGCCUCGACCCCUACUGUGGCCUUGGUUUUGCCCUGUGGUGUCUGUGCAGUGUCUACUCGGGACACCAAUCAGUGCUGGUGCCCCCGCUGGAGCUGGAGAGCAACGUGUCCCUGUGGCUGUCGGCCGUCAGCCAGUACAAGGCCCGCGUCACCUUCUGCUCCUACUCUGUGAUGGAGAUGUGCACCAAGGGCCUGGGCGCACAGACGGGUGUCCUCAGGAUGAAGGGGGUGAACCUGUCAUGUGUGCGCACGUGCAUGGUGGUCGCUGAGGAGCGGCCCAGGAUUGCGCUGACCCAGUCUUUCUCCAAGCUCUUCAAGGACCUGGGCCUGCCGGCCCGCGCCGUAAGCACCACGUUCGGGUGCAGGGUCAACGUGGCCAUCUGCCUCCAGGGCACAGCUGGCCCGGACCCCACAACCGUCUAUGUGGACAUGCGGGCACUGCGCCAUGACAGGGUACGUUUGGUAGAACGCGGUUCUCCACACAGCCUGCCAUUGAUGGAGUCUGGAAAGAUCCUCCCCGGCGUGAAGGUCAUCAUCGCACACACUGAGACCAAAGGACCCUUGGGAGACUCACACCUGGGAGAGAUCUGGGUAAGCAGCCCCCACAAUGCCACCGGGUACUACACAGUUUACGGGGAGGAGGCACUUCAUGCUGACCACUUCAGUGCCCGGCUGAGUUUUGGAGACACACAGACCAUCUGGGCAAGGACCGGCUACCUUGGCUUCCUUCGGCGAACAGAGCUCACUGAUGCCACUGGAGGGCGGCACGAUGCACUAUAUGUGGUUGGGUCUCUGGAUGAAACUCUGGAGCUCAGAGGCAUGCGGUACCACCCCAUCGACAUUGAGACCUCUGUCAUCCGAGCACACAGGAGCAUCGCUGAGUGUGCCGUAUUCACCUGGACCAACCUGCUGGUGGUGGUGGUGGAGCUGGAUGGGCUAGAGCAGGAUGCCCUGGACCUGGUGGCCCUGGUGACCAACGUGGUGCUGGAGGAGCACUACCUGGUCGUGGGAGUGGUGGUCAUUGUGGACCCAGGGGUGAUCCCUAUCAACUCUCGGGGUGAGAAGCAGCGCAUGCACCUGCGGGACGGCUUCCUGGCUGACCAGCUGGACCCCAUCUAUGUGGCCUACAACAUGUGAGCGUAGCACACCAGCCCAGGUGCCGGAGAUGAACAAGCCCCAGCAGUCCAAGGUGUGAUGUGGGAAGACACUGCAGAGCCCACUCACCGGGACUCGCCCCUUCCUGUGCUCUUACAGAUCCCUCUCAACAAUUCCCCGCAUCUCCUUUUAGAAAGCACUUCCUGAAUUAUUUAAAGAUAUAUUUUGAAUCUGCCAAGUACAUUUACAAAAACACGGAUGCUGGUAUUUUAACAGAUGGAGAGACAAGGAAAGGAAAGGAAAGGCCUGGCGUGGGCAUUGUGAGGAAUCACAGGCACCGAGGGUUGUUCUCUGCUGUACUGCAAGUUUGCACUUUCUUUAGGCUAAAAAUAUAGUUCCUGAUUUUUAAAAUUCAGUUAUUUAUUCCCACUUCAAAUGACAAGUUCAUAUAUAGAAUUUACGGGAGAAACUUGAUUCUGGAAAGAUAGCAGAGUACAAACCAGCUGCCUCACUUCUGUUUCACAGGGAGGCUGAUGGAAAAAGGAAGCAAGCUGGACCCAUCCUCCCUGCUCACAGAGGGCACUGUGGUCACACACAGUGCCUCCUCUGCCAGUUUCUUUAUUGAAAGAGGUGUGCUGGCUAGCCACGGUGGCUCACACCUGUAAUCCCAGCACUUUGGGAGGCCGAGGCGGGCAGAUCACAAGGUCAGGAGAUCGAGACCAUCUUGGCUAACAUGGUGAAACCCCGUCUCUACUAAAGAUACAAAAAAUUAGGGUGUGGUGGUGGGCGCCUGUAGUCCCAGCUACUCGGGAGGCUGAGGCAGGAGAAUGGUGUGAACCCGGGAGGCGGAGCUUGCAGUGAGCCAAGAUCACGCCACUGCACUCUAGCCUGGGUGACAGCGCGAGAUGCCGUCUUAAAAAAAAAAAAAGAGGUGUGCUGCUUGUCAGCAUAUAUUGUCACGGACACUCAAUAAGUGCCAUUUUGGACUGUCAAGUUUAGAUACUUUGUUUCAGAAAGAUAAGCCAGCAUUUAGUUUUAAAUCACUUUCCUGGUUUGUAACUUGAGGCUGUUUAGUUAAAUUGCUAGUUUUCCUAACACUACAAUAUUAAUUCUUCUCGUGGAAGUGUACUGAUUUAUUAUUUUUAUUCCAAGUCAGCAGAUUUGGAAGCAUUGUGGUAAAGUCUAAGGUUUUCAUAUCCAUAGUGCUGUUUGGUGAGUACCGGCAGUACGGUUGAGGGGAGCAGGGAACAGCAUUGCCCCAUAUUGAAGGUGAGAUGGUUACAUUCUUCACUGCCUUUCACAUUUUGAGUUGUGUGCCUAUAAAAUUUGGCCAAACCAUUUUAUUAUUUUGUUCAAACUUGACUAAGCUGAGUGAUCUAAAAUUAUACAGAACCUAAAUCAAAGAAGAGAAUGUAAAGUCCUUUAGUUACUUCUAAGAAUUUGAAGUCAAGCACGAAUCUAAGAUACAGAUUAUUUUUAUAUAGCUAAUUAAGAGUAUGUUAUGAAAUUGUUGGGUUUUUGGGGUAUUGAGGGUGGAAAAUUUUGUGAAUCAUGCAUGCUUCACAGAAACAACCAGGUUUUUCCAGAAUUAGUCUGGAUCAGUGCCUAACAAAGCUGUUAUUAAUUCUCCACACAUGAGCCUGGCUAACUGGGCCAGCUCUCGUGUUUUACUCCUGUCUGGCUACACAUAGCACUGUGCAUAGUAGCCCUGUUUCCCCACGGUGUUGGACUGUGGUAAAGUAUGUUGUGACAUACUGGAAUUCUAAUAAUCCUGUUGUAAUUAUGUACAGAAUCUAUGUAACUUAUUGUUGACAUACAGAGGUUUGGGAAGUAGUCUAACGGACAUUCCUUACAAUAGAAUGGCUGGGAAGGGAAAGAAAAAAACUACCUAACUCCAAUCUUAAUGUUGUAGUUUUAUAGCAAACAAAAAUUGUCAACUUUUUGUAUUGAAAGGUCAGUGGUGGUAAGACAAGAGGUGUCUUGUAAAUUAAGAUUUUAAGAAGUGCAUUAAAAUGUUUUAGAAUUACUCUGGGAAUUCUGUAUAUCACACUAAAAUUUUUAUAUCAUUAUGUUAAUAAAAGUUAUUGACUUUGUAA